UCUAUGUUUAUUAUUCCUCGAUGAGUGCCUUCAAUAGCUGGCCCUACAUCUCAAUCGUCAUUGUCUUGGGGUUCGCCGCAGUUUUCGUUCUCCUCUGGUAUAAAUACGUCGAACGGCGGAAUGGCCGUUUAGUGUUCGUACCGCCUUACCAAAGUCCAAAGCCUUCACCGCCAUUACGCUGUGAUACGUUGAAAGAACAAGAGGCUCGAUUGCAGGAGCUCAUGGACAAAACUAAAAUCGUCAAUACACAGAAACCUGGUAUGACCUCACUGGGUGUCCGACACUCCAUCUCCCAAAGAUCUAUCUUAAGCCUGGCCUCUCUCCGUGCUGCUGUUAGUAAUGACUCAAUGAGCGAAAUUGAUGAAACAGAUCCGCCCGGUGGAGGUUUAUUGCGAGCUGGUGGCUCAUUCGAAUGUCCCAUAUGUCUUGCUGAUUGUCGGGAUGACCCUGGUGUCCGACUACUACCAUGCGGUCACUGCUUCCACGAAGACUGCAUAAGAGCGUGGUUCAUAUCGCAGUUGAUCAAACCAACAUGCCCUCUAUGUCGGAGACCGGUGAUUCCUCCGAUCAGUGAAGACACCAAGAUACUCCUUACAGCAUAGCCCCGCAAAUUUACCGCAAAUCUUUUCGUCUCGCAUCAUUCCUAUCGACUUCCGAUUUUGACUGUACUACUGUGUUCAGCAUGUCGCUAGUUAUUCUGUGUUGUUUUAUCAUCAAUUUCAUCCGACAGUGCUGAUGGGUAUUAUAUUCCGCAGUAGGUCGACGGCCCUGCAUUCGUAACAACGCCUUAAGCACUGUUGAUGAGUCAUUGCUUGUGGAUACGGGUCUUUUCUGCGUAUACUAUCAAAUUUACAUUUCCUUGGAUGAUG